UUUCGUGGCUCUACCGUCGGCUCCAUUCUGUUUAGCCAUUGAUGUACGUACCCUGUUUUGAUGCAUUCUGAUAGGUGCAUUUAUUGUUUCUUUAAUAACUCCAGAGCUUUAUCAAUUUCUCUGUUCUAAUCCAUGGAAGGAAAUAAAGAAUAGAGGCACAUGUGAGUGGAAUUUUAUGUAAUUUAAUCUAUUUAGGAACCACAAUUGAACGAUCUGUUAGUAUAAAUAUAUGGUAUUACUACAACCUGAGUAGCCAAAACAAGCUCUGAGUGAGGGUAAUUGGAAAAGAGAGAGAUGGGCAACUCUGCUGAGACGAAAGGGAAGGUCAUCACUUGCAAAGCUGCUGUUGUUUGGGGUCCAGGACAACCAAUUUCCAUAGAAGAAGUACAAGUUCAUCCUCCCCAGAAAAUGGAGGUCAGAAUGAAGGUCCUUUACACCUCGAUUUGCCACACAGAUCUCAGUGCUUGGAAAGGAGAGAACGAGGCCCAAAAAGUGUAUCCUCGAAUUCUAGGCCAUGAAGCUGCAGGGAUCGUUGAGAGCGUGGGAGAAGGAGUGUUGGACAUGAGAGAAGGUGACAAAGUGGUUCCAAUCUUCAAUGGAGAAUGCGGUGACUGUGCCUAUUGUAAGUGUGAGAAAACUAACCUCUGCAGGAAGUUCAGGGUGAAUCCAAUGAAAUCCGUCAUGGUUAACGAUGGGAAGACAAGGUUCUGGACGCGUGAUGGUCAGAAGCCCAUUUACCAUUUCCUCAACACCUCCACCUUUGUGGAGUACACCGUGCUCGACUCGGCCUGUGUUGUCAAGAUAGAUGCCCAGGCUCCUCUAAGGAAGAUGAGCUUGCUUAGUUGUGGCGUUUCUACAGGAAUUGGAGCUGCUUGGAAUACGGCAAACGUGCAAGAAGGAUCAAGCGUCGCCAUCUUUGGUUUGGGUGCUGUGGGACUUGCUGUAGCAGAAGGAGCACGGUUAAGAGGAGCUUCUCAAAUUAUAGGCAUCGACAUUAAUCCAGACAAAUUUAUCAAAGGUAAAACAGUAGGGAUUACCCAUUUCAUUAACCCAAAUGAUAUCCAGAAGGAGAAAGAUCACAAAGCUGUGCAUGAGAUUAUUCAAGAAAUGACAAAAGGAGGUGUUGAUUACAGCUUUGAGUGCUCAGGAAACUUGGAAGUUCUUCGGGAGGCCUUCUCGUCUACCCAUGAUGGAUGGGGUUUGACAGUAAUAUUGGGUAUACAUCCAUCGCCAAGGAUGCUACCUCUUCAUCCCAUGGAACUAUUCGAUGGUAGGAGAAUAGUGGGAUCCGUCUUUGGAGACUUCAAAGGGAAGACCCACUUGCCUCAUUUCGCCUUGGAAUGCAUGCAUGGGGUUGUGAAUUUGGAUGGAUUUAUCACUCACGAGCUUCCUUUUGAUGAGAUCAAUGAAGCAUUCCAAUUGCUCGCCGAAGGGAAAGCUUUGAGAUGCCUUCUCCAUCUUUAAAAGUUAUUUUUAUAUGGUUUCUAGUUCAGAAAUUUUCGUAUGCUUUCAGUAACAGUUGCUGUGAUUAGUUUCAUAUAUAUAUAUAUAUAUAUAUUACAUUAUCGAAAAUAAAUGCCAAUAUCAUAUGUUAUUUCACCCUUAAA